CUCUUGUUGGCAGCGCGUGGAGGCGGGAAGGCGGCUGCUGCUGCUGCUACGGCGAGAUGAGCGGGGACCAGCUCGGAGGCUCGAGCCACAGUGAAACAACGUGUAAAAAACGGGAUGACUAUUUGGAAUGGCCCGAGUACUUCAUGGCCGUGGCCUUUUUAUCUGCCCAGAGGAGCAAGGAUCCAAAUUCCCAGGUUGGGGCUUGCAUCGUCAAUGCAGAAAACAAAAUUGUUGGAAUUGGGUACAACGGGAUGCCCAACGGGUGCAGUGAUGACUUGCUUCCUUGGAGCAGGGCGGCCGAGAGUAAACUGGACACCAAAUACCCUUACGUGUGCCACGCUGAACUGAAUGCCAUUAUGAACAAAAACUCGGCAGAUGUGAAGGGUUGCACCAUGUAUGUUGCCCUGUUCCCAUGUAAUGAAUGUGCUAAACUCAUCAUCCAGGCAGGUAUAAAAGAAGUUAUUUUUAUAUCUGAUAAAUACCAUGAUAGUGAUGAAACCACAGCUGCAAGACUCAUGUUCGACUUGGCCGGGAUUAAAUUCAGGAAAUUCACACCCAAGUACAGCAAGAUUGUCAUUGACUUUGAUUCAAUUAACAGUCAACCGAGUCAGAAGCCUUAGUGAGUUACAUCUCAUUAAAACUCUAGAAGAUUGGGAUUAUCCUCCUCUAAGAAGCUGCUAAUGCCUUUCAUCUCGAAAUUACCCAUAACUUUUUAAUAGCCAGUACAGCAAAAGUAGGCAUCUAAAGAAUAUAAAGCCUCAAAUCUUCCUUACUGUCUCUCUGGUCACAUGGAAUCUACAUCUAUUUAAACUAUUGAUUUGUGAUUUGAAAUGGAGAAACAUCUAUAGCAUGAGCAAGGCUGGGGUAGAAGUGUUUCUUUUCUUCCUUCCCUAGAAGAAAAUAGGGCAGUGAAAGGAGCCAGAUUUGGAGUCAGAGGACCUAGGUUCAAAUUCUGACUCUACCAUUUACCAGCUACUGCAAAUGGAGCAAAUGACUUAAUCUGUCGGCCUCUGUUUUCUCAUCUGUAAAAAUAUCUGGUUGGGGUUAUAUGAUCUGUGGCUCUGUGAUAAGAGUGCCUUACUGUUACCCUGAUACCUAAUCACUAGGGCCAGUUGGGAUUACCUAGGUAAACUACGCCAUCUUACUGCUUAAGUUUAUCAGUGGUCCUUCACUAAUAUACAGUGUGCUCACUUGUGCUAGAAGAACAGAUAAAUAAUUAUUGUUGUCUUCUUAGUGGGGAUGAGCAGACACACUGGGUUGAACAUCUGGUCCCAAUGAAGUAGAACAUGGAAGUGCCCUUGUUAAAAACAGAGGCUCAAAUUACAGCAGCUGCAAAAUAGUGUUGAGAGAAGGUCACAAAAAAAGAUGAUGGUCACAUAUUUAGACUUGCUGGCUCGUCCUGUCAGAUCCUGACAUAGGACAUCGCACCAUAUCUGUAAAUAUGGAUUGAGCACCUACUUGGAUGAUGAUCCAUGCAGUUAUCAUUUACCUUAGUCACGAGAUCUGAGCAGAAACAGCUGUUUUUUUGUGAAUCAUUUUACGUCUUCUUGUCAGACGCUGCAUUUAAUUCACCUUGUUCUUCAGAGUUCCAUAAACUGUCGAUUGUGUGGAAUAAUGUGUUCCUGACCCUCAAAAUACUAUUAGUUGUUCAUAGGUUUAAGGUCAAGGACUCACAGGAUUUCAUGUUUCAAGGGACUUCAGGUACUACCUUAGUCUCACCUUUCAUUUAACAGAUGAGACAACCAAGGCAGGAAGAAGAGAAAUGACUCCCUGAGGUUCACCCAGGGAGUAAGUAUCAGAGUUGGCAUUCUGACCCAUAACUUCAAAUCCAUUGUUCUUUUUCCUUCCCCUUCUUGUCUGCUCAAAACUGUCUCCUCACCAAGGCUGGGUUCUGCUUGUCCUCUCAAAGACCACCAUUGUUCAGCACCUGGGCUACUCUCUAAAAUGAGAUCGAAUUUAAAAUAAAAGCAUUGAGCCCACUUGGAGGCAGCCUGUUCUAGCUAGAGUGGUGACUUGGGCGUAUUUAAUCAAACUGGCUCAUUGCCUUUGUCUUCAAAAAUAUUGCUUAACCAAACAGCCUCACUAAUCAGCACGAGGCUUGGGAAUGCAUGUCAGUGCACCUUGUCUUUUAUCUAAUUUAAUUUUUUAUUAGCUAUGUUUAGUACCUUUGUUUAGAAAUGACUUUCUUCUCUUGGAGAGCAUUACUUGCUCUCUUUAAAAAAAAAAUAAAGCAUUAUAUUUUGCUGAACUU